AAUUGCCUGUCACAUAGCGAUUAUCACGAAACACAGAUUGCACACUCUGAUACAAGUUAUGACACUUUUUGAGCGAUAUAUUUGCAGAAAAUAACCUGUGUGUCAAAUAAAAAAACAACGAAUUUUGUGAUUUUUUUUUCAAUCGACAGUGUUUUUUCUGACAUGUUGUACGUACAGAAAGCCUUUUCUUCAAACCUUGUUUGCAAAGAUGAAAGUGGAAAAUAUCUUAUAUUUAUUAUUUGAAAUGGUUUCAAAAUAAUAUAGUAAUGCAAACUUUAUAGCUAUUUUGAUUAUCAUAUCUGUUUUACAAUUUUAAGAAGGAUUUUAUUAAUCGAAUCUAGUGCGUGUUGCUGACACUGCUGUUGUUGUAUUUUUUCCAAGGAACAUUCUUUAAAUUGGUGUUUUUACCCAUAGCUUAAAUAUCAAACAAUAUUUGUUAAAAAUAAUGCAAAAUUUAAAAGUUGAGAAUAUAAAGUCUACAAAAAGUUCGCGGAUGAAUUGGCCCCUACUACAUAUAGUUGAAGAACCACAAUCGGUUAUUCCGAUAGAUGGACCAACUAAACCUUUGGGUGGAAACCUUAUUCCUGGAGAUAUUGCUGUAUUUGAUGAUAAAGCUGCCAAUGCCGUCUUACUCGACGCAGAAUCACAACUGAAGUCCGGGUAUCCUACAAUAGCAACAUCAUCAAUGGUUGCUCGAAGAAACAGAAUUACAAUAGAAGAAGUAGAUAACGCAUCGGAUAUCCGCUUCUUUUCUGACUUAGUUAAACCAAUGCAAUAUCGGUGGAAAUUUCAGAAAGAGAAACUUAAAACGAUAGCACCCUCAAAAUAUGGCUUCCAUCAAAGGAGUCAGUCGCCAACUUUUCAAAGACUUAUAGAGGCCAACGAAAAACUACAAAAUAUCGCGGGUCAGGAUUCGGAGUUGGAAGAUAAUGCAAGUGUUCGUGACUUCUUUGACACUCAAAGUGAGAUAUUACCUUAUAAACAAGCUUCUGUAUUAAGGCAUGUCAAAUCAGACCAAGUAAGUACCCGAACUAGUUACACGGGCUCUGUACCCGCUACGAACGAUGUUCCGUUACAAAAGAAUUAUGAACUUAAACCGGAAGUGCGCAACAUAGAACCAGCAAAAAAGACGAAGGAUUAUGUUAUUCAGAAUGCUUUAUCUGUGUCAGUGGUGGAGAAGAAAUCUCCAAGUCCAACAUAUGACUCACCACCAACUCCGCCAUUACCAAAGAAACCUGCCAAAAGCAAAAAACAACAGCAAGAAUUCAAAGUAGACUUUAAGAAAUUAGACUCGCAUUCCGAACUCCAUUUAUUUCUGCCUCAUAUCCAAGAUGGCAAUUCAAGGGGAGCUACUCCAGAAGAACUAAAUCGAAAAGGAAAGGAAGGAGUUACCUUCCCUGCAAUUGAAGACUUGAAACUUAAAACUUUUGAAGAGGAUAAAGCAAAAAAUAAGAAAAAGAAUAAAUAUGAUAACAAAAAGAAGAAAAAACAAUAUCUGAGAGUGAAAUCAGGUAUUGAAGACAAGGAGGUUAAAGAUAUAUUAAAUGACAUACCAACUUUGAUAUCAUUAGAAACAGAUAAAGACUUCCAUACGGAGUCUAUGUGCAUGUUUGAAAACUGUAAACUACAUAAACACAGAAAAUCUACCCGGAUUAGACAAGCUUAACAUUAUUUAUUAAAUGUAUGGGUUUCACUUUAUUCAUUCAUAUGAAUUUUUUAAAACAUCAUAAUUAAAAGCAUAAAAUAUAAUAUUUACUUGUGAUUAAUUAUACAUGCGUUUUA